AUGAUUGCCCCAAAUCUCCUUCAAAUCAUAGUUGUGGGGGCUGGUUUAAUUGGCCCUAGACAUGCAUUACACGUUUCAAAUAAUCCACAAACUGAUUUAUUUGCAAUCAUUGAUCCUAAUCCAGCCACUGCCGAUGUUGCUGAAACAUUCAACACUUUAUAUUUCCCAUCAAUUGAAUCAUGUAUGAAAUAUUGUGAUGAGAACUCGAUUCCUUAUCCCGAUGGUGCCAUAGUGUGUACCCCUAAUCACACCCAUGUUUCAGUUAGUGCCGAAUUAGCAUCAUACGGAAUCCAUUUAUUAGUUGAAAAGCCAAUAGGAAGCACACCUGAAGAUGCUAAAGCAUUAAAACAUUACUGUGAAUUGAAAAAUGUAAAGGUUCUUGUGGGUCACCAUAGAAGAUUUAACCCUUACAUUUUAAGCACCAAGAAAAACUUAUCUAAAGUUGGCCAAAUAGUGGCCAUUCAAGGAAGUUGGAUGUUAAGUAAACCACAGGAAUAUUUCGAUGUCUCACCUUGGAGAAAAAGUACAAGUACCGGAGGUGGUGUGCUAUUGAUUAAUUUGGUACAUGACUUGGAUUUAUUACAAUACAUGUUUGGUAGGAUUCAACGUAUUUAUGCCGAGCUACUACUGCAACAGAGAAAUCAUGAAGCCGACGAAGGUGCAGCUUUGACCAUUAAAUUUGAGAGUGGAGUAACCGGUACAUUCAUUUGCUGCGAUAAUGUCGUGUCACCAUUUAAUUUUGAAAGUGGUACAGGUGAAAACCCUACAAUUCCUAAGAAUCAAGGUGUGUCAGGUAUUUAUCGUAUAUUUGGGUCCAAAGGGACCUUAUCGAUGCCAGAUAUGAAAUUGUAUCAUCAAGAAAAAGAUGUAACAUCUUCAUGGACCAAUCCAAUAAAUGAGACUGUUAUUGAACUGGAUUUGGAAAAAUUGCCCUUUGAUUCUCAGUUGGAACAUUUCAUUGAUUUAAUUAGAGGAAAUGUGAAAGAGCCUUGGUGUUCAAUUGAUGAUGGUAUUUCUGCAUUAUUGUGCAUUGAUGCAGUUAUGAAGUCGAUUGAGAGCGAUAUGCCAGUGAAAGUUCCGGAUAUCAAGAGUGUGUCAGCAGAUUAUAGCAAGUUAGGAGUUGACCAGGGUGUUUUUAAUUAG